AUGUUUGGGAACAGCGCAGGCUUUGGAUCAGUGGGUGAUAACAGUAGUGGUGGUAGUGGAGCUAAUCGUGAUGCGAACAAUAGACCUUCAUGGUUUCAAGAGACUGCCAGACGUACCAUUCCAAACACCGUUUUGCGCAGAGAAGUGAAGAGUAGUAGUAAUAGUGGUGAAGAUGACAAUGGGAACAGAGGAGACAGUACGAGCACAGGGUUCAACACACUAACAUUUGGAGCGAAGAAACACAUGCUGUUAGGAAGUUCAAAUGUCAGCACUGGAGGAAAUGACCAUAUGAAUCCCUUACUUAUGGAUAAUAGUGAGGCACCUCCAACUGUGUCUAUCUCUGAUUGGAAAAGAGAGGAAGGUUUAUUUGAUCUCCGAAACACCAGGAAUGAGAAUACCAUAAAUACUAUUGGCACACCGACAUUCAUUUCUCCCAUCUCUAGGGAAAAGAGUGAAGUGAGUUUAUUCGAUAGCAAUUCCCAAUCAAGAUCAUCAUCAGCCUCUUCUAUAGGUUCUGAAUCCGAGACAGGAAAUGCAGUUGUGGUAUUUGGUUAUCGUGAGGCUAUAACCAAACAAAUUCUAGCCUACUUUGCACAAUUUGGCGAGAUAUUAGAAGAUCUAGAAUCAGAAUUGGGUGACACUGAAACUAUGAGGACUCCCGGAUAUUUUUUUCAACAGGCACCCAAUAGACGUCGCAUAAGCAGAGAACAUGGGAGAACAUGGACUAAACUGACUUACGCUAACCAUUCUAGCUACUUACGUGCUCUAAGGGAACACGGAACAAUAUAUUGUGGAGCUGCUAUUGGAUGUGUACCCUACAAACAUGAGUUAAUAUCCGAGUUAUCUAGAGACACCUAUAAUUCGAUGAAUGACGUUAAGCAAACUAAUUCGAUCAGCACAAACCAAUUGACACAACACAAUCAAUCCGAAGUGCCCAAAAGCAAUCAAACUUUCGAAACUAAACCAACUAAUGAAACCGAAAGAAAUCAAAUCAAAACUCCUUCAGCAUUCGGAUCUGAUAACAAAGGAAAUGGUUCGAUUUCUUCUGGUAGGACUAAGAGAAGAUUAAGCAUAAAAGAUGGUUCUUCGCUAUUUUUGUCUGGAACGGACAAUAUAUUCUCAACCUUAGAUGGCCAACCGACCAAGAAGAGGAUGAUCAAUAGGGACAGGUCGUUAAUCGGAAAGAUCAGUGGUUGGUUGUUUGGCUGGAACGAUCUAUAA